UCUUUCUACUCUAGAAUGAAGGAAACUUGGGAUUUUGGAGUGCCGGCAAUGGUGGACUUGAGGUUCUUGGUGAUGGCCGUGGUGGCCGCCGUCUUUAUGUCGGCGGCGAGUGGCGGCGGUGUGAUGAGAGUGCUUACUCUGGAGAGGACUUUUCCGGCGGACCAGAAGGUGGAGCUAGAGGCGUUGAAAGCCCGGGACCUGGCGAGGCACGCUCGAAUCUUGCAGAGCUUUGCCGGUGGCAUCGCCGAUUUUCCAGUCGUUGGUACCUCGGACCCCUAUCUCGUCGGACUCUACUUUACCAAAGUGAAAUUGGGUUCUCCUCCAAGAGAAUUCAACGUGCAAAUUGAUACUGGGAGCGAUGUCUUAUGGGUUACUUGCAGUUCCUGUAAUAAUUGCCCCCGGACUAGUGGACUUGGAGUUGAGCUCAAUUUCUUUGAUGCUGCUAACUCAUCAACAGUAUCCUCUAUUUCCUGUGCGGACAGCACGUGUGCUUCUAUAGUCCAAACUGCAUCUGCAGAAUGCUUUACUCAAAGCAAUCGGUGUGGGUACUCGUUCCAAUAUGCAGAUGGAAGUGGCACAGCUGGUUUCUAUGUAUCUGAUCUGCUCUAUUUGGACACAAUUUUGGGAACCUCAUCAAUUGCUAAUUCUUCUGCUCCCAUUGUUUUUGGGUGCAGCACCUCUAUGUCCGGGGACUUGACUAAAUCAGAUACAGCAGUUGAUGGACUCUUUGGUUUUGGGCAGCAGGGUCUUUCAGUAAUAUCACAGUUGUCAUCACAUGGAAUUACUCCUAAAGUGUUUUCCCACUGCUUGAAAGGAGAUGGAAAUGGUGGAGGUGUACUAGUUCUUGGAGAGAUUUUGGAUUCAAGAAUCGUUUAUACUCCCCUUGUUCCAUCGCAGCCACAUUAUAGCUUAUAUCUACAGAGCAUUGCUGUCAAUGGGACAGCAGUCUUUACAACUUCAGGCAACCAAAGGACUAUUGUCGAUUCUGGAACUACUUUAGCAUACCUUGUUGAAGAAGCUUAUGAUCCCUUUGUUGGUGCUAUAACUGCUGCUGUUUCUCAAUCUGCAAGGCCAAUCAUUUCGAAAGGAAACAAGUGCUAUCUAGUCUCCACAAGCAUGGCUCAGAUAUUUCCUCCAGUUUCUCUAAAUUUUGCUGGCGGUGUAUCCAUGUUUUUAAGGCCAGAGGAUUACCUUCUGCAUGCAGCAUUUGUUGAUGGUGAUGCAAUGUGGUGCAUUGGCUUUAUUAAAGUUAAAUCUCCAGGCACAACAAUUUUAGGAGAUCUUGUUCUCAAAGAUAAAAUCUUUGUUUAUGAUUUAGCCCGUCAAAGAAUAGGAUGGGCAGAUCAUGAUUGUUCAUUGUCUGUGAACGUCUCUAUAACUUCUGGGAAGGAUGAAUUUGUUAAUGCUGGACAGCUGAAUGUGAGCAGCGGUUCAUCUAGUAUCCUCCUCAAGCUGAUAAAUAAGAACAAUAAUGCUCUCCUGCUACAUAUAUUUGGAGUGAUUGGACUUGUUUUUCUGUAAAUUAUUUCAGUGUAACCCCAUUUUCUGGCUUUGCCAAUUUAUAUUUAUAGUGAUUGGCAGCUCAUUGUAGUUCAUUUUUCUUUCCCAAGAAUAGCUGUUUUCUUAGCCCCUCUAUUUUCCCUUUUCCCUCCUUUCUUGGAACAAUGGCGGCUUGAGGAGCCGUCGUUAAUCUCUCACCUCGACUGUUGGUAGAAGUGACAUCAACCUAUACCCCAACUCUCUCUCUCUCUCUCUCUCUCUCUCAUCCAAAUUGUUCUGACCUCUCGAGCUUGACCAAAGUUCUAAGUUAUUCUCAAAAUUAGGCUUGAAGAAUGAACAUGAAGAUGGUCACGAGCAGAAGAAAUCUGAUGACGGUCUUGCUUCUUAGGUGUUGAAGGUUAUACAAAUGAGUUGAAAUUCUGGGAGCUGGUCUGUAUGUAGUCAAAACAUUCUUGUCUGUCUAUGUACCACUAUCAUUUAUAUCUGGGACAGGACACUGUUGGAUUGUUUUUAGUUGUAAUAUAUGCUGAUAUGACAAGAAGACUUUAGAAAUUACAGCAUUUUUGUUUCAUUAUUUCAGUUUUA